AUGCCCUGUGACCAACCAACUGACAACGAGGUACCACAAGAAGAAAUCGACUAUUUCGUCAGCUGGAUUGUGGAUCACUAUGGAGAUCGCAAUACGUCGUUCGCCAACCCCAUCCACGAAGAAUAUACCAUCGCUUUCAAUAACAACGACCACGGCAGCAACGGCAACAGCAACGGCAACGGCAGCGACGACAACAACGACAACGCCCGCCUAAGUGUCAAUUAUGGACCCAAUGAAAAUCCGCAUGUCCAACAACGACGGUCAUCAUUUACCAAGGAGAAUCCAAGUGGAUUGAAUCAAGUGGUCAAGAGUCUAGGAUUCCAUCGAAACGAUGCUGAACUAUGGAUAGCUCUCGAGCUUUGUGCCGGAGGUUCGGUGGCAGACCUCAUUCGUCUGUCGGACGGACCGAUGACGGAAUCAGAGAUUGGAUGGAUCAUGAGCCAGAUUCUCCUUGGGCUUGCGUACCUUCAUAGCAAAGACCAUGUCCAUGGUGACAUUAAAGCAAGUAAUAUCUUGUUGACGUUGGAUGGACAUGUCAAAUUGGGAGGAUCCGGUGCUAUAAUGUCACACAAGGAAGGCGCUGGAGAACGGAAGCGUCGGCGCCGAUCAUUGACAAUGUCCGAGUUCCCAGCCAGUUGGAUGGCGCCAGAGUCAGAUCUUUCGACUUUGCCCACGCCUACCCAUCCCUCAGACACCCACCCAGAUUCGACGCUUUUGCUUGGUGGAGACGAAAUGAAUGAUGUGCAACACUAUAGACUGUCGCAGGCAAUGCCUGGUGCCAGCACAGAGGUCGAUGUCUGGGCCCUAGGUGUAGCAUGCAUUGAGAUGUCGCAAGGACGCCCUCCUCGACCAGAGACACCUAUUUUGGUUUCAUAUGGCGAUUGGAGGUAUACAACAGCCCUUGGCAAUAUUUCCUCGACAGCCGAUGAGAUGUCGCCAACCACAAGCAAGCCGAGUGGUGGGUGUCUUCCAAGUGAGGCCUCGGAGGCUGUAGGCAUGGGAAUGUCAGAGGGGAUGUGGAUGUUCAUUCGAAAGUGUCUGACUCCGGACCCUGAAGCACGACCAACUGUCCAGGAUCUGCUGCAGGAUCCGUUUAUUUUGCAGUAUCACGGUGAAGUGAGCCAGGAGCUCCUACUGAGAAUAGGGAAUAUGGUCGACUUUGUCGGCCAAUGUGCAUCCAUCUCGGAAGGACGCACCUUGGGCAGUACACGGAGCGACAAUGACUUCUACGACAUUGCAGCCAUUCAAUUACCCACUCCAACAUCUUCUGUCACUCUAUCACCAUCCAAGGCCUCGCAUAUGAUCGACUUCAAGACGGAUGAGGCGGACUGGUUUAUUCCCCGGGUUCGUCCCCGCGUGGAUUCAGUCUAUGACGAGUCCAGUUUCUUUGAUGAGGCUGGAGUACAACGUCCUAUUGGCCCUCUCGAAUCUGCUGGCUCUGUUGAGUCAAUGCUUUCAGGCAUGGACUGGAAACAUCAGAGGGUGAGUCACCCCAAGGUCAUGCAGGCAUUGAUGCGCGACCAACCGAGAUAUCUCACCUUCCGGCACUCGCGCUCGCCUUCUCUUGCAACCAUUGUGGAAGACCAAAUGGAAGAAGACGCCCUCUUCUGGUCCGACGAUGAAGGCGACAGUGAUGAUGACGAUGAUAGCAACAACGACGGCCACGACAAUGACAAUGCUAUUAGCACAUAUUUGUCACAACAAUAUAACCAACAGUGCAUUUACACGUUUUUCCAGGAGAGCCAGAGUCAAAGCCAACAACAACAACAACAACAACCUUGGACCCCAGAGCACGACAAGGGAGGUAUAGAGGCGUUUGGUCAUGCAUCUUCCCACGUUGCCAACGGCGCGUACAUGGACAGAAUUGCGAUUGAGCCCAACUCUGGGUUGCGAAGCAUUGUCGAGUAUGACUUUCAUGGUGCAUCCUCACGUCUGGUGGUUCUGUACGAGAUCCAUGAGAGUUGGCUGCAAUAA